AUGAAGCUCACAGGCAGCUGCUACUGCCGCGCGCUGCAGUACCAAGUCGAUCUGAACUCGGCAGAUGAUGCCCGCACAUCACUAUGUCAUUGUCGAAAUUGCAAGAAAGCCUUUGGUACCAACUACGGCCUCACAGCAAAGAUCCCGAAAGACGCAUUCCAGUACACGCAAGGCACGCCCAAGGAACACGCCGCUGAUAACGGCUCGGGGACCAUGCUGUUCCGUGAGUUCUGCGAUAACUGUGGCAGCUUCAUCCUGGAGUAUGGGGAACCGGCAAAGCCGCACUUCAGAUACAUCACCGUAGGCAGCCUGGACGACCCGGAAGCACUGCCUCCAAAGGGAGAGUUCUUUUGCAAGAGCAGGGUGAGCUGGAUGCCCGAGGUGCCUGGCACUUUCCAAAAGAAGGAGAUCAAGGAAUGA